CGGAACGGCAAUGCCGAUAUAAUGAUCGCUAUUAAUUUUUCCAAGAGAAUCUUCAAUGAAGUGAACAAUUCAUCGCCAGAAACUAAAUUAUUUUUUCAUCUCGCAGGUGGACAGAAUUUAGUGGCUAUUCAGAUUCACGAUGGGAAGCAUAUGGGACAGUUCCCUCUACAGCGGUACCAGAGCCGGUUUGAAGUUCAUGGGACAGUGGCCGUUCCAAUCCCCGGGGAGAAAUAAAUUUUUAAAAUGCAUGUGGAUUUUAUUCGUCGGUAGUAUAUAUUUACCGAAGUUUAUCAAGUUUGUGGAGUCACUGAAUGAUGUUGAUCUGGUCAUGGAGUGCAUGCCGAUGCUCUGCUGCCAUGGCAUAGGCAUAAUCAAGUUCAUUAACUGGGCGAUAAAUACAGAACAAAUGAAACACUUGUUAGUGAAAAUUGAGAGAGACUGGGAGAGUCUGAAACUCCAACGUGAUAUUGACUUGCUGAUUGUAUUUACGGACCGGGGGAGGAAAAUUAAUAGAAUUUAUGCAAUGGCUUUGUAUUCAGUACUCGGGGUGUACCUCGUGUCCCCAGGAAUGCCCAAAAUUUUGGAUCUACUGUUACCACGGAACGAGUCUCGUCCACGAAUAUUUCUUUAUCAGACGGAAUAUUUUAUUGAUCAGGAUAAAUAUUAUAUGCAUAUUCUCAUUCACGCAUAUCUGACUGUACCCGUUAGUGUGACUUCAAUUGUUUAUUUUGAUAAUUUAUUCGCAAUGUUCAUCAAUCAUACGUGUGGAAUGUGCGAAAUAUUGAAGCGCCAUUUGGAGGAUUUAUGCGAUAAGACUACGAGUGACAAUCGCACGACUGGUUAUUAUGAACGAAUAAAAUUGUGUGCCACUUUGCAAACUAAUAUUAUUCAAUUUAUUGAAGAUUUGGAGUCGUCCUAUUCAGUCGCACUAUUUUUAAUUGUCGGUUUGAAUAUGUGGCUUAUCACGUUAACUGGCAUGAUGGGUGUUGUAAAAAUCAAUGAACCGAGUGAGGUAAUUCGAUUUACCGUAUUCAACGGCGGUGCAAUUUUUCAUUUAUUCUGGUCUAGUUGGCAGGGGCACAACCUGAUAGUGCAAACCGAAUCAGUAUUUAUAUCAGCUUACCAAAAUGAGUGGUACCGGAUACCUUGGAAAUUCCAAAAAAUGAUGCUACCUUUCAUGAUGAGAAGUAUCACUCCAUGUCGAAUAACAGCUGGAAAAUUCUACUAUAUGUCAAUGGACAGUUUUGGAGUGGCCAUGAGGAUGACCAUGUCCUUCUUCACUCUCCUGUUAUCAGUCCAGUGACCCGAUAACGCAACAUGCAGGCGAGAAAAAUAUAAUUUUGUAACAAUAAAACAGAAAUACCGGACGGCAGAUGUUGAAGUAUUUGGUGG